AUGCCGCGGCUGCUGCGCGCGUCGCACGGUCGGCUGGUCCCCAAAGCCCCCCAGAAUUUGGCGGCUUGGAAAUUGGCGAUCCGACAGAAGGCCGCUCCGAGGCCUCUCGGCCUCCGAGCGGCAGUCGGGAUUCCACGGGGACCUGCCACGGCGACUCCGACGUCCAGCUGGAGCGCCUCCACCGUGGAGAAGGCCACUUCCUCCCCAUGCCGCGGCCCUGGCAUCGCGGGCGGCGUGAGUGUCAACUCGCCGUCAAAGCCGCGCUCUGACUGCGACGUGUCACCGCACUGUUGCCGUGCCGAUGUGUCGAGUCGGCGGCGUGCGAGAAGGCCCUCGGCACGGCUGCAGCGCCCCAGCGGCGACCAAAACUCGCGGCCGUGGCACACUGCGCUGUCGCAACGAGGCCUGAACUCGGCCCGAGAAUGCGUUGAGCAUCGAUUGACAAACUGCGGGGAACCGUGGAAAACGUUUUGGCGCUAG